AUUAUGCGAUACCCUACUGUAUGAAUAGGUUAAAUUAAAUUGAGUUAAUGAUCAACAAUCACCAUGGCGACGAGUACCAAAACACAAGAAUCUCACUUGUUUUAUUAACCUCACUAGUUUAGCAAUUGAUUACUAUGGUAUUAUUAAGUUAUGCAUAGCUGUAGUGUGUUCAGGAAUGCGUGUGUUAAUGUGCCAGUGGAUCCUGUAAGUAAAAUGCCUAAGACUGCGUACGAACGUAAUGAAAAGACAUUGACGGAACAGUGCUCCAUAGAAUCUUCUUGUGGCUCAGUGUCUGCUGACAUCGAGGCUGAGAAACUAAAGGAUUUCUACCGAAGUAUACCUGAUUACAACGACAUAAACCAUUUGUCGGAAGCAGAGUUUUAUUCCACACUGAGAAGACUGAGAGACAAAAAAAAAUUAAUGCUCGGCCUCGCUGUAGAACAUAUAGACCAUUGUAUCUACGAUGACAGAUACGAAAACGACGAAAUCGUUCCAACAGUAAAGAAAAAUCCGAGAGUUUUCCAAAGAAAAAAGUCUCUGACAAUCUCUGAGAAACCUAUUCCUCAAGUCAACGUCACAAAAGCGUCUACAAAUAGACCUAUACGGAAAACGGAUGGCUGUGAAUUGGAAAAUCUGACGUCAGAUGUACAAAUUGAUCCAACGAAAACUAGUCUGUCUGUGAAAGGAGUGACCAAAAUGGAUAGGCCUAAAAGAAAUCAUUCGGCGUGUUCAAUAUCUUGGCACGACGAUAAACUUGAAUCUACGAAAGAAAUUGACGAAAAAUUCGAUAAGUUUUUCGAAGAAAACAGUUAUGAUGACGAUGGGUUAUAUAAAACGCAAAGUAUGCCGUCAAGUCCAUUACGUACAAGGCGAUCUGGAUCGAGACGUAGAAAGAGCAUCACGAUACCGAAACCUUUUAAAAUGACUGAAAGAGACGAAGAAGAUCGUAUAGUCAACGAGUUGCGGGGUCUGCAAAAAUCCAUGUCCGAGGAUAUGUUACACCAGAAGCGUGAGAGGAAGCGGUUUCGAGCCAAGCCGGUGCCAAUUGAAUCCAGGAUCCCUUUGUAUGACAGAAUACUCGAAGAUCAAGCUAUGAGACGAGCAAUAACGAAGAUAAACAGCGAAGCAGAGCUUCGUGCUCAGAUGAAGCCGUUUAGCUUCACGAAGCGCGAAGAAGCGUCCAUCGGCGGAGCGUGCGAGAGAGCCGCGAGCGUGCUACCGAAGUGCAAGAAGAAAAAGCGGUUUCGAGCGCGGCCGGUGCCAAAGAACCUGUUUUCUAACUAUUUUUACGACAAAAUUAAGGAGGAUAACUUUUUCCGCUCGAUGAACCGUCGUGUACGGGCGGAGGAAAUGCUUCGCAACUCUCGCUUCCCAGGCAGCAUAGCUGUGCGCGACCGAAGCCGCCUGUCAACCCCGGCAGCUCACAGCGACCUACCCAGAGACCCUUCCCCGGCAGUCCCUUCAGUGACCUCUUCAGACCGACAGCGCUGUUCCAGCCCGACGAAGGAAAUGAGAAAGUCGAAAGCCAAAGAAGAUUUUAUUACCACAAGUCCACAACCGUUUAAAUUCAAUACUGCAGAAAGAGCAUCUAAAAAGAUGAUCGACAUCACAAAGAAGAUUUACGAAGGGACAAAAAGUAGCAACAGUAGGAGUACUGUCGACAAAUCCGAAGACGUUUUUAAUAAAACGCAAGCGUAUUCUGCCUUGGAUCUAAAGGGUAUUGCGGCUGGGCGGUCCAAUUUAGCGGCAUUGUUCAGAGCUGAAGCAGUCAGGCAGAAGUUCGAAAUGGAAUCAGCUCGACGGAUGGCAGAGCAACGACGGAGGUCUGAGAACAGGCAACGGGAUCGCUUACUCAGGUCUAAACCUGCUUGGCAUCUUGUUAAGAACAAUCACGAAGAGGACAUAGCAAUGCGAUUGCAAACGAGGCGUGAUGAAGAGAGGAUGAGGCGGGAAGAGUUUCUCCAUGAAAUGGAGCUGAUGUAUGGAAGGGUCCAGCAACAACCGAUGCUAUUCGAGAGAUACUAUGCACCACGUUCAGGAGCCACGACUGUUGAUUCAAUACAACUGUCUCCAAGGAAAAGUCCUAGUAAAAAGAAAGGUGGUAGAAAAAGUAAAGUCUACAACUUAGGCAGUCCUAGUAUUUCGCCAGAAUUACGUGGGGAUAUCAUGAAAUAUUUAGACAAGAAAUCUAGUGUAACAGAAUUUUACGAUGGCAGAGAUGUUAAGGAAAAUUCCUUAGACAGUUUAGAAAGAAAUUAAAUGAAGUAUUGCGCUAUUUUGUUAUUGCAAAUUCGAUUUUAUUGCAAAUGAUUUUAGAAGAUUUGAAAUUGACCAUUGACUCGUUUGUUAGAAUUGCAUAAAACAUUAAAACGAAACUGACAGUACAAACAAUACUGUAGAUCUAUUAGACGGUGUGGAAUUAAAACAGUAAAAAAUAGUUAUCUCUGUAAGAAUAUUAUUGAUUUUUUGAUUUAUUUCAAAUAGUUGUUCAUACACCCAAAAAUUUUAUACUAUUACAUAUGUCACGAGCGCGACAAAUCUGAAGCGAAUAAAGGUGGCUAAUUUUCUUAUAACAUAAAUUUAAAAAUAUUAAAUAUUUCAUUUACUCGAAUAGUAAACAAUGAAACUUAUUUAAGCCAAUAAUACCUAAAUAUUGUCU